UUCCAUGCAAGUGGGACUGGUUGCCUAACAAGAGGCUGGACUUGAAUGAGAGCCAGAAGCAAGGCGACAUUAACUGACUGCCCCGGGGAAGGGCCCGACAGAGAGAGACAAGAACGAGGCUGCGGGCUGUCAUCCUGUGGAGGUGGAAGGAAGCCGGCCAAGAUGGCUGGGAAAGACUCUGAGCUGGAGAAAGGCCUCCAUGCCAUCGUGGGCAGCUUCUACAAAUACGCCAAGGGCCCGCCCGGAGCCCAGGCGCUGGACCAGGCGGCUUUCCAGAAGUUGCUCAGCAACGAGCUGAGCCAUCAGCUCACGGAAGUGCAGAGCACAGAGGCGGGGAAGGACCUGUUGAAGAGGUAUGCAAACAAGAAGGGCAUCUCCUUCGAGGAAUACUGGAACCUGGUCGCUUUCGUCUGCCAAACCAUCCAGUGUAACAAUUACAGCAAACGUGGAAGGAAGCCGGCCGAGACGGCUGGGAAAGACUCUGAGCUGGAGAAAGGCCUCCAUGCCAUCGUGGGCAGCUUCUACAAAUACGCCAAGGACAAAGGCGGAGCCCAGGCGCUGGACCAGGCGGCUUUCCAGAAGUUGCUCAACAACGAGCUGCGCCAUCAGCUCACGGAUGUGCAAAGCACAGAGGCGGGGAAGGACAUGUUGAAGAAACUGGAUACAGACAAGAAUCAGCUCAUCUCCUUCGAGGAAUAUUGGGAGCUGGUCGCCUUAAUCUGCUACACGAUCAAGCGUUACAAUUACAGCAAAUAGUGACCGUUGAGCGGAGGCCAUUGGGGAAACUGAGGCAGGCUCCUAAGUGGGCGACUCCCCCAAAUCCUUCACCUCCAGAAGUUAAAGCAAACCUGUUCCCCUCCCCCACUUCCCUCCCCCUGCAGCCUCUAAACCCAGUUGCCCUAAAACUCACCAGCUCUCUUGGAGACUGGAAUCUGUCUGCCUACCCCGUCCUCCUGCCGCCGGGAUCCCCACCCCACCCUGCGCUCCCCACAUCUCCCACCUCUCCCACUGCUGGGAUCCCCACCCCACCCUGCGCUCCCCACAUCGCCCACCUCUCCCGCCGCCAGGAUCCCCACCCCACCCUGCGCUCCCCACAUCGCCCACCUCUCCCACUGCUGGGAUCCCCAUUCCGGCCUGCGCUCCCCACAUCUCUCACCUCUCCCACUGCCGGGAUCCCCACCCUGCCCUGCGCUCCCCACAUCUCUCACCUCUCCCACUGCCGGGAUCCCCACCCUGCCCUGCACUCCCCACAUCGCCCACCUCUCCCACUGCUGGGAUCCCCAUUCCGGCCUGCGCUCCCCACAUCUCUCACCUCUCCCACUGCCGGGAUCCCCACCCUGCCCUGCGCUCCCCACAUCUCCCACCUCUCCCACCGCUGGGAUCCCUCCUGGCCUGGCCUCCCCAUGCCAUCUGCCUGGCCCACUGUAACUUGGUAAUGUUGCUUGGAUAAAGAAACCAAUUUGUCUCUUUUCA